AAAAAAAAUGAAAAAGAAGCCAAGAGUGCUGCUAAGGUUCUUCUCGUUUUCUUCUGAUUCCUACUCUCAGAGAUACUCUCGAAAUCUGAAUGGCCAAUAUACAACUGUGAAGGGUGAAAAAGGUUGAGAGUAUAUGAAAACAACAAAGAAAUUGAAGCAUGCAAUCGAAGAUUAACAACUUUUUCAAGCCCUUGUCUUCAUCCCCUACAUGCAAGAGUACAAACCCAUCUCAAUGUUGCAUGGCUGAGUUCGAUUAUGGGAGGGUACAGCCAGAAAUUCUGGUCACAUACCAGCGAAGACCUCAAAAUUCAAUUUGUGAAAAGAAUGGUGCGUCAACUGAUGAAGCAUCCAAGGAAAUAGACUCGGAGAAUAUUGUGCCAAACCUAGGGGUGAUGAAGUCAGGGGAAGUUCUGAAUAAGAAGAGAAAGUAUGCCCAAUUCUAUUUGGAAAUGGGUCAGUCUGAUUUUUGUUUACACACUUGUACUGUCUGUGGCUUCAAGUAUGCCAGAGGUGAUGAAGAGGACGAAAAGUUCCAUAAGACGUCUCACAAGAAUUAUACGCAUGGUAUUCCAUUUAAGGGUUGGCGGAAUGAAAGAAACCUUCGAAUUCCUUCACUUGAAAUUGGAAGAAUUAUCCUGGUGCUGGAUGAUGACCCUCCUCCUCAGAGAAACAAGGUACAGGAAGUUCUGAAGAUGAUGGAGAUGGAACUUGGAGAUGGGUGGAUAUAUCAUCAGCUAUGCAAGGUGUAUAUGUUUAUAUCUUCCCAAAGGAUAUCUGGAUGUCUUGUAGCAGAGCGCAUAAAGAAGGCUUAUAAGAUUCUCUCAAAACCAGUGGGCAGCAGGUGUAAUGUUUCACCUGAGAAGGAAGUGAGACGGACUUCAACCACACUCCAAUUUGGGGGAGUGAGUUUCCAGAGGGAAAUGAUAGGAAGAAAUCACUCAACCAGAAGUCGUGAACAGUCAGAUGAAAGCGUCAUUGGAAUAGUCUUGUGUGAGAAGCAAGCUGUAUCUGCAUUAUGUGGUAUUAGAGCCAUUUGGGUUACUCCCUCCAACAGAAGAAAACAGAUAGCCAGCUAUUUGCUGGAUGCUGCUAGGGAAACUUUUUGCAAGGAUUUAGUUCUUAAACGCUCAGAGUUAGCCUAUUCUCAGCCAACCUCAGUUGGAAGGGCCUUCAUCUCCAGUUAUAUGAACAGUCACUCAUUCUUGGUUUAUACACCUUUUUCUGAUGUGCAGUAACAAUUAACAACAACAACAACAUACCCAAUGUAAUUCCACAAGUGGGGUCUGGAGAGGGUAGGAUAUACGCAUACCUUACCCCUACCUUUGUGGGGGUAAAGAGACAUCUUCAGAUCUGUAGUAAGGAUUUAAGAAAUAGCUUGUUGAUUUUUUUCAGCAAAUUAUAUUUCAGCUAAUCGAGUAAUUUACUGGAUAAUCCAUCUAUGUUCAUGUGUGGGAACUUAGUGAUUUAUUUGUUUUAUGCUUUAACUGGAGCAACCAAAGCUAUUCUUACCCAGUAUAAUACAGGUUUAAGAUAAGAGUCUGACCACUCUCUGUUACAUGUUUUACACUGAAUAUAUUCGGUUAUAAUUUUCUCAAGAAAACAUCAGAUUUCUAGCAGAUGGUCAUCUUGAACUGGAAGUCAGUUACGUGGCUCCAUACAAGAUUGAUUUACUUGUCUGAUUUCUACCCGGCAGCUCUUCUGCAGGAAGACAUCAAAUUUCUAGCAAAUGUUUCAGGCUGUAUACUUGACUGUUCAUUAUAGCACAAAAUCAUUCUCUUUAAAACACGUUUAUUUCUUGGAAAUUUUCUGCUGCUGUAUUCGAACAGUUGAAAUUCUCAUUGCUUUAGUCCUAUUAGGUGCUUUUAUCUCCCAUUUGUCUAAGCUUCGGUGGAUAGAAUUACUGUGUACAUAUAAAAAUAUUGAAUGUAUAUUAGGUAUCCAGUUAAAUAGUUGAGGCGAAUGUGAAAGUUGUCCUAGGUCCAGUGUUGUUGAAGACUGGGUAGUGGGUACUGGACUUUGGGCCAUUGGUGGUGGAGGAUAACAGGACAUUGUAUGCAGGUAGCUGUGCUCACGAUGAUUUGUCCCUCCUUGGGGAGUGGGUGGGAGGGGAGGACACCAUUUGAAUGCCUCUCUCGAAGGCUUAUAGACCAAUCCUUACAAGAUACUAUAGAUGAAAUAUGGCAUGAUGAUAAGGUGGGGGGUGAUGAUAUCUUGUUCCCUCUUGUUAGUGAAGUGAAGUUGACAUUUGAACUAUCUUAGAUUUUGAAAUUGUAAUUUUGAUUCCUUUUGUUUAAAACGUUCUGUUCUCAUUCAAAGUUAACAUUGUUGUAUAGAAUGGUAACUUUUAGUUAGACGAUCGACAUUUAGUUGGUGAUUCUGCUGGUUGAUGAAGAGAUGGGGUUUUGUUAUACAUGUUUUCUUGGUAUA